UUGCAAAACCUUCUUCCCAACUCCCAUCUUCAUCGCAGAUUAACCCCACUGUCAGCCGCGAAGGAGAAAGGAGGAGAGAGAGAGAGAGAGAGAACAGAGAGAGAAAACAAACAAACAAAAAUGGCUGCACGAGCUGUUCUUCAGGAGCAACCCAGAGGUGGAGUUCAACAGAAGAAUGUUCAAGGAGGAGGAGAGAGAAGAAACAGAACAGCUUUAGGAGACAUUGGAAAUGUAGUAACUUCAAGAGGGGGAGCAAUUGCUGCUGUAAAUGGUAUUGUAAAACCUCAAGCAAUUAACCGUCCUCUCACUAGAAGAUUCUGCGCCCAAUUACUUGCAAAUGCACAAGCAGAUGCUGAGAAAAAGAAGGUACAGAAACAAGGACAUCAAGUUGUGGAUGUUAAUGUUGCUGGUGCAAGAAAAGAAGCAGCUGCAGCAGCAGAACAAAGAAGGGUGCAAGAAAAGAAGAAAACUGAAGUUGUAGUAGUUGCAGACACAAAACCAAAAACCCCUUCUGGACAUGGCAAAGUUGAGCAAAAACUAGCAUCUAAGAAGAAGAAAACCCCAACCUUCACUUCUUUCCUCACAGCUCGAAGCAAGGAAGCUUGUGGACUGACCAAGAAACCUCAUGACUUAGUAGUGAACAUUGAUGAGGGUAGCAUAGAAGAUGAAUUAGCAGUAGUAGAGUAUGUUGAAGACAUUUACAGCUUUUACAAGAUUGCUGAAGACGAAAGCCGAGUGCGCGAUUAUAUGGCUUCACAACCAGAUAUCAAUGAGAAGAUGAGGUCUAUUCUGGUGGACUGGUUAAUUGAAGUGCAUUACAAGUUUGAGUUGAGGAAGGAAACCCUUUACCUCACUAUAAACAUCAUCGACCGUUUCCUUUCUAUGAAGGUUGUACCUAGGAAAGAGCUUCAGUUGGUUGGCAUUGCCUCAAUGCUUAUAGCUUGCAAGUAUGAAGAAAUUUGGGCACCUGAGGUAAAUGAUUUUGUACAGAUAUCAGACAAGGCAUAUGUGAGGGAACAAGUUCUGGGUAUGGAGAAAGCAAUACUUGGGAAUCUGGAGUGGUAUUUGACAGUUCCAACACCAUAUAUGUUUCUCACUAGAUAUGUUAAAGCUUCUGUUACACCUGAUUCUGAGAUGGAGAAUAUGUCAUACUUCUUUUCUGAACUUGGGAUGAUGAAUUAUUCCACCACAAUCAAGUAUCCUCCCUCUCUUCUGGCUGCUUCAAGUGUGUACGCUGCCCGGUGUACUCUGAACAACAGUCCAUGGACAGAAACUCUCAAGCAUUACACUGGCUAUUCUGAAAACCAGCUCAAGGAAUGUGCUAAGCUGUUGGUGAGCUUCCAUAUGGCGGCACCGGAAAACAGGCUAAGAGCAGUUUACAAGAAGUUUUCAAAACCAGAUAAUGGUGCUGUUGCCCUUCGGUCUCCUGCCAAAAGCCUUUUGGCCUCAACUUCAUGAGAUUUCUUUUACUAGAUGUUCAUUGCAAAAUAACUAUUUGCCCUGCAAUUCUUUGAUUAACAACUGAUAAAUGUAACCAAAGCUUAUGCCUUUGAGUAAAUAUAGUAAGAAUUUUUCAUUCUUA